UGUAUGUAUGUAUGUAUGUAUUAUUAUUAUACAAUAAUAAUUUAUUCUACAAAUAAUCACUAUAAUUGGAUUUAUGACUCGAUCUACAAUUUCUUACAAAUAGAUACACAUUGACUAGGAGCUGACGGAUGUGUCAGACAUAAGGUGCAGUGAAUGGCAUUCCUGCUUGCAUGACUUCUUGUCAUUCUUGUCAUGGUUUAUCAUGCAUGUAUCCACCAGCAUGGCAUUUGGGCAGUGUGUUCUCUGGCCUAUGGGGGCUACUUUUAAGGCAGUGUGAAAAUGCUGGCAUCGGUCUGACAGCUGCAGAUCUGCCUUUCCACACUGGGACACUCUUGAUGUGGAUCAUACCUGCAUGGGAUGUUUGUUCAAUAUGGUUAAUUUGUUAGGUUGGUAUGUGCUGGAUACAAAUGUCUAUGAACCUGAAAAUAGACCUGAAAAAUGUUAACAACUGUCAUGUAAUGACAGAUAUGGGACUGAAAAGCAUUUAUGUUGGGCUGGGCAAAAGUAUUUGAGCAAAAGUUCCCUGAUUGAUCCUACCUGAAGCUUCUCGAGUAUUUCUACUAUAGGAAUAUAAUAGUAUAGUAAGGCUCUUUACUAUAGAUGAGUAAUAACUAACCUUUUAGUUUAUAAUCUACCAUGUUGGACCAUUACUUUGUACGUUGGGCAUUUUAGCCCUCUUCAUAUUCAUAUUAAUUGUGGAAGCUUUUUAGAUUGUGUCUUAAAGGUGCACUAAUUUUUUUAAUAAAUUUUUUGUUGUUGAUCAAAUUAAGUUUUACACCUAAAGAAAUGAAUAGUAAUAUUAAGACAUAUGUAUAAAAUCAUGAGCUGUCACUCAUGAGCGCUAGGUGUCAGUGCAGGUCCAAGACGACUAAAAACAAUUAAUUAAAAAGAAUUACUGAGUGUACCUUUAUAUAGUUAGAAUAUAUAAAUAGUUCCCCCAAAAAAUGUAAAUUCUUAUAUUUUGAAAAAUGUAUUUUUGGGACUGUUCUCUCCCAAAACCUAUUGUAUCACAUCAGAAGACCAAUUGAAUCAUAUGGAUUAUUCUUAUGCUGCCUUUAUGUGCUUUUUGGUCACCAUUUACUUGCAUUGUAUGGACCUACAGUGAUAUUCUUACUACAGAAAUACCCUGUUAGUGGCAGUUUUCCAGGCAUAAUGAAUGCAUUUCACAGGAUGUGGUCUCAAAGGUCAGUGGAUCUCUCGGUGAGUAGCUGCUAUGUGUGCCACCUUGUUAGAUUGGGGUUCUGCCUGAUGGGACUGUGACAUCAUCGUCCCUUGUCUGUUUUUGUCAAAGCAUGUUUAUGUUUUCCCCUUAUCUGUUUCAGGUGCGGCUGGCAUGCUGAAUCAGCGUUUCCAUGGGAACCCUGAUUGUUUCAUUGUUUCUGCCUGCGUGUCGGGGGAAACUGUUGCCUUGCUUAGUUUGAAAAGGACAUUUUUUUGGUUGUAAAUAAAUCCUAUUGAACUGUCUCUACACCUCUCUGACAGAAUGAGCCGACCACACACGGACCCAGCUGAGGAUUCAUCUCUUCACUCCGCCUUCUCGCAGAGAGAAGCCCUGCUGAGGCGACACCAGGAACAGAUUUCCGCUUCGUGCCGCUUUUGGAGAAGAUGGCAUUGCAGCUUGCGGAACUCACCGCGGCGGUUCAUCAGCUCCACCCAUCUUCUGAUUCUGGCUUGCCUCAGGACACACCCCCAUUGGCUUUGUAGGCUCCCCAUGCCCCUGGCGCCCAGAGAGGCACAUCUUCCCUCCAGCUCCGUUCUCAGAUAGAAACCUGAAGUUGGCAAUUCUGUCAGGACACUAUUUAGGAUGAGCUCAAAACCUGUUCUUGGCUUUCUCUUGGAAGGAUGACACCAAAAUCUUUAAGGCCUAAACACAUUGUCAGUAUUUAUGUCAACCUUGGCUUAGAAGUCACCUCUGCACCUUCAUUUCACUGGAUUAAUGGUUCCACCACUGAGAUUCAGCGCGAGAUGCUGUGCUGAGGAUUUGACUGUUUGACAGAGACUCAACAGAAAUGUCCGAGUCAAGAAGGCAAGGGAUGAGUAACUGUGGACUCCCCAUGUUUUUGGUUGGAUGUGAGGAUGGUGACAGCAGAGAACUGGAAGACCGAGACAUGAGGAACAUCUCAGGGCCUUAUGGAGAUGAGGAGGAUGAUGAGGAUCAGUCAGAGCGUCAGAUCGUGGUGGGGAUUUGUUCCAUGACUAAGAAGUCUAAAUCCAAACCAAUGACUGAAAUUAUGGAGAGGCUCUGUAAGUUUGAGUACAUCACAGUGGUGAUUUUUCCAGAGGAAGUUAUUCUCAAUGAAUCAGUGGAGAAGUGGCCCCUGGUUGACUGCCUCAUUUCCUUCCAUUCCAAAGGGUUUCCCCUUGACAAAGCAGUGAGUUAUACCAAACUACGAAACCCUCUCCUGAUCAACGACCUCAACAUGCAGUAUUUCAUUCAGGACAGGAGGGAAGUGUACAGGAUUCUACAGGAAGAGGGCAUUGAUCUUCCACGCUAUGCAGUGUUGAACCGGAACCCUGACAGACCAGAGGAGUGCAACCUGGUGGAGAGUGAGGACCAUGUGGAAGUAAAUGGAGAAGUAUUUCAUAAGCCCUUUGUGGAGAAACCUGUCUCCGCAGAGGACCACAACGUCUACAUCUAUUAUCCAACCUCGGCUGGAGGGGGAAGCCAGCGUCUCUUUAGAAAGAUUGGCAGUCGAAGCAGUGUGUAUUCUCCGGAAAGUACCGUACGAAAGACUGGAUCUUACAUCUAUGAGGAAUUCAUGCCCACAGAUGGCACAGAUGUAAAGGUUUACACAGUAGGGCCUGAUUAUGCUCAUGCUGAGGCCCGCAAGUCUCCUGCUCUAGAUGGGAAAGUGGAGAGAGACAGUGAAGGGAAGGAGAUUCGCUAUCCAGUGAUGCUCACCGCAAUGGAGAAACUUGUGGCCAGAAAAGUGUGUCUUGCGUUCAAGCAAACAGUCUGUGGUUUUGACCUCCUCCGAGCAAACGGGCACUCUUUCGUCUGUGAUGUAAAUGGUUUCAGCUUUGUAAAGAACUCCAUGAAAUACUAUGAUGAUUGUGCCAAAGUCCUGGGGAACAUGGUGAUGCGAGAGCUGGCUCCUCAGUUCCACAUCCCCUGGUCUAUCCCCAUGGAAGCAGAGGACAUCCCUAUCGUCCCAACUACCUCAGGAACCAUGAUGGAACUCCGUUGUGUUAUUGCUGUAAUUCGUCAUGGUGACCGUACACCCAAACAGAAGAUGAAGAUGGAGGUUAGAAAUGCCCUGUUUUUUGAUCUGUUUGAAAAAUAUGGCGGUUAUAAGACUGGGAAACUCAAACUGAAGAAACCAAAACAGCUCCAGGAAGUGCUGGACAUUGCUCGUCAGCUCUUGGCAGAACUGGUCCAGCACAAUGACUGUGAGAUCGAGGAGAAGAAAUCCAAACUUGAACAGCUGAAGACUGUUUUGGAGAUGUACGGCCAUUUCUCAGGGAUCAACAGAAAAGUGCAGUUGACUUAUCUGCCAAAUGGACAGCCCAAAGCAUCAAGUGAAGAGGAAGACUCUUUAAAGGAGGGCCCAUCUCUGCUCUUGGUGCUGAAGUGGGGGGGUGAGCUGACCCCUGCAGGUAGAGUUCAGGCUGAGGAGCUUGGACGAGCCUUCCGUUGCAUGUACCCUGGAGGACAAGGAGACUAUGCCGGCUUCCCUGGUUGUGGCCUUCUCCGUUUGCACAGCACAUACCGCCAUGACCUUAAAAUUUACGCCUCCGAUGAGGGCCGUGUGCAAAUGACUGCGGCAGCAUUUGCAAAGGGUCUCUUAGCACUGGAAGGGGAGUUGACUCCAAUCCUUGUUCAGAUGGUGAAGAGUGCCAACAUGAAUGGACUGCUGGAUAGCGACAGUGACUCUCUCACAGACUGUCAGCAGAGAGUCAAAGCUCGAUUACAUGAGAUCAUGCAGAAGAACAGAGAUUUCAGUGAGGAAGACAACCAGAAGCUGGCUCCAACAGGCAGCCCGUCUCUGGUAAACUCCAUGGGUGUAAUUAAUAAUCCUGUCAGGACUUGUGACCAGGUUCACACCCUCAUUCAAAGCCUCACAUGUCAGAUCUGCAAAAGGCUGGAAGACCCCAAAUCUGCAGAUCUGCAGCUUUACCACAGUGAGACUCUAGAGCUCAUGCUGCAGCGGUGGUCCAAACUGGAGCGAGACUUCCGAAUGAAAAACGGUCGCUAUGACAUCAGUAAGAUCCCGGAUAUCUACGACUGCGUAAAGUACGAUACCCAACACAACAGCUGUCUGGGACUGGAGGACACACUGGAGCUUUUCCACCUGUCCAGAGCACUUGCAGACAUCAUCAUACCUCAGGAGUACGGAAUCACUAAAGCAGAGAAGCUUGACAUCGCUAGUGCGUACUGUCUGCCUCUAGUGAAGAAGAUUCAACUGGAUCUUCAAAGGACACAUGAGGACGAGGCUGUCAACAAGCUGCAUCCACUGUGGUUCAGGUACUCGCGAGGAGUGAUGUCUCCGGGUCGGCACGUUCGAACCCGGCUUUAUUUCACCAGCGAAAGCCACGUACACUCCCUGCUCAGCAUAUUCCGCUACGGAGGCCUGUUAGAUGAGCGAAUAGAUGAACAGUGGAAGCAGGCUAUGGACUACCUCAGUGCCGUAACUGAACUCAACUAUAUGACUCAGAUUGUAAUUAUGCUCUAUGAGGACAAUAACAAGGACCCUUCCUCAGAGGAACGCUUCCAUGUGGAACUGCACUUUAGCCCAGGGGUGAAGGGGUGCAAGGACGAGGAUAAUGCCCCGUUGGGAUUUGGGUUCCGUCCUGCCUCUUCAGAGAAUCACGAGAAGCAGACAGACCCAGGCAGUCUCGAGGACCUUUCCCAAGACGAGCCCGACAGAGCCGCACCAUCGGAGCCAAUCAGCAUUCAGAGGAAGUCGCCACUUAUCCGCAACCGCAAGGCUGGAUCUGUGGAGGUCCUUUCAGAGAGCAACGCUUCUCGUGGAUCGGCAUAUCGUUUGUUCCCUUCGUCUUCCCACCAGUCUCCUGAGAUCAAACCCAGCGGGCUAGAGCUGCUCUCUAUGCCAGCAGUAAAGAGAUUUUCUGUGUCGUAUGCCAGGCAUCCAACUAAUGGGUUUGAAGGCUGCUCCAUGGUGCCCUCUAUCUAUCCACUGGAGACGCUGCACAACUCACUGUCACUCAAGCAGGUGGAUGAAUUCCUCACGUCGGUGUGCAAGAAUGGGAGUGAGACACAAUUCAAGAGGCUGAAAUCUCUGUCUGCCAUGUUCGAUUCUCAUGCCCAGCCCUCGAUAGAUGUUGAGAGUCAGGAGACCCUAGUUACCACCCCAGUCCAGCUGAGCCAACCUCCCAUAAGGCCUCUCUGGUACAGCAGCGAUCCUCCCAGCACCGCAUCCAGUGCCGGCCCAUCGUCACCAUCGGUAGUAGAGCCCUCAUCAAACUUCGGCUUCAACUGCGAGUAGACGUCUUGGUUAUACACACUGAUGUGAUUCCUGCAGCGGUAGUGGAAGCAUUUUCUUUUGACACUGAUCUCAGGUCAGUUUUGCAGUCUCUGCUUAAAGUGUUGAGGUUAAGAAUAAUGUGGCAGAAGCUUAUCCUAGAUUAGCAUUAUUUGAGUUAGCUAUUACACAGUGGUACCCACAUACAGGCUGCUACUGUAUAUAAACUUCUGCCUGAACAAUACCGAGCCACUUUAGCUGAGGUUUAGAUGGAAUGUUUGAUCUGCCAGCUAGUAGUCCUCUGAAACCAGUAAUUAACUCUUCCACUGUUCUUCUUUGCUCUGAUGGAGUCAGAUAGUAAUUAAGAGCCCAGAUUCAGUGGAAAAGACAAGGACAUUACAGCGUGCACUAGUAAUUGUCUCUGGAUGUUUUAUUUCUUUACCCCACACCAAUUACAUUGCUGCACAAAGGAGCAUAUAAACCAAUAAGACCACAGGAGAUAUGAAUAUAUAACAAUUCAGAUUCAGUUGAAUUAUUGUGCCAGUCGAUACAGGAAAGUGAAAUUAUGCCACUAUUGUGCAGUUUGUGUAUUUUAUGAUUUUCUUUUUUUUAAUGUUUUUUAGACAUUCGAUUUUUGUUAAUGCAAUUUAUUUCAAGAUUUGAUUGAAAAUUGCUGUAUUUUUAUUAUUUGAAAAUGCAAAAAGGUAUUGUUUGGGGUUAAAUAAAUGUGCCUUUGUCUUGUGUGUGUAAAAUGAGCUGCAAUAGUCUCUUUAAAGACAAAGAAUGUUUUUGAUUUUAUGCAAUCUGCUGUUUGCCCAAUGUUUACUCUGUACAUUUGAAAUAAGCAUAUUUCAUUUUAGAGAAUGCUAUUAAUAAAAAACCUGAUGUAAAUAUGUCACUGUUAUAUAUUUUUGUGAUAUUAAAGGGUUAGUUGUUAAUCCAAAA